AUGUCGACGUCCAACUAUCCCAACGAUGCUAGCAUGCGAGACACGCCGAGUGGUGACUCUGAUGGCAUCCCUGAGUCAAGCAAACUCAAUAUCGGUUUUCUCAAAAUGCUAGGGGGUAGCAGUGGCCCGAAAAAGACGACGAGAGAUGGACAACCCGCCAAGCGACGAGGGCCCAAACCAGACGCCAAACCGGCUCUCACCCGGAGACAGGAGCUUAACCGACAGGCGCAAAGAACGCAUCGCGAGCGCAAAGAACAAUACAUCCGCACAUUGGAGGGCGAAUACUCUCGGUUACGGGAAACCCACGUCGUCGAAUUGAACAAUACGCGGCAGCAAAACCAGCAACAAUAUGAGGAGAUACAACUGCUAAGAACAGAGAAUGAUUACCUCAAACAAAUCCUGGCGGCGCACAGCAUCCCAUUCGAAGCAGAACUCAACCGAGCCAAAGCUACGCUCGCAGCACGAAAACCAUCGACAUCUGCGACCGAGGCUUAUACCACUGGCAGUACGACAGGCUCUCACUCAACCAAUUACCCUUCUCGACCCGUGUUCGUCACGACGCCUCCAUCCAGCCUGAGCUCCCCGUUGACUCCGCCUAGCGCUGGCGAGCAGAAUGGAUCUCAAUACACCACGUUCCCCCACAAUCGCUAUCACUCCAGCCCAACGACUCACGGAACUCUAGACUUUUCAAGCAAAGGUGACCCUGUCGAGGCCAUAUCUCCGUAUCCAGGAAUCUUCGAAAAAGAGCCCCAACUAGGGAUCGACUUUAUCCUUACACUUGAGGCGCCGUGCCGAGAUCACACCGAAUACCUGUGCCGGGAGUCCCAUAAGGAUGUUGAAAACGAGUCUUUCUUUUCUGGCCAUGCUCUGAUGGCUUCUUGCCCACCACCUAGUCAUAUCCUGACUGUCCCCGAAGGCAAUCCAUACCCGCACCAAACAUACGAUCUCCCGACUCCGGAUCUUGAAAAACUUCUUAACCUCAGCAGACAGCUCAUUACCGACGGGCAGGUAACCCCCAUCAUGGUUCUCCAGAGUCUGAAAAACCAUAACCAAUACCAUACGCUCACGAAAGAUGACGUAAAGACGAUCAUCGACACGCUAAAUGCCAAGGUUCGAUGCUAUGGCUUUGGCGCAGUGAUUGAAGAUUUCGAGUUGCGCGAUUGCUUGCAAGGUGUUUUGGGAACUAAACUGUACAACAGCCGCGCUUUACCGCAACGAAUUACCGAGGACCCUGCUAUGUACGCAUAG